UCGUUUCAGAAUUAAUUACGAGUACUAAAGAGAACAAUCAAAGGCAACAGUCCAUGAAAUGAGUGAGUUAGUAGAAGAUCGACUGUGAAACUCACGUAGAAAGGACGCGAGCGGAGUGAUAUUUUAUUUUCGGAUUGUUUUUAACAGAUUUAUUUCGUAGGGAAUUGAACAAUGCCAGUCUCAAAGGGAUCUCUUUUUGCCCUCGUCGUCGUCGUAGCUGUUACAGUCGACUAUGCUAGGAGUCAAACCACUGGUCCUUCGGCGGUAGGUGGUACCACCGCGGGGCUCAUGACGACAGCGGCCGGAGCCGGAGCAGAGAUCGAACCCAUGGAAAUAGAGGAAGUCAUCACGACGGCUGCCACCACGACCACUUUAAAACCUAAACCGCGCAAGGGACCCGGCGGCAAGAAUAAUCGCCGAAAAGGUCGACCAAAGAAUUUGAAGCCAUCACCUACUCCCGCUGGCAAUAAUGGCAAAAAUGGGGCAGCUGCAAAACCAACUCAGAAAGCAAAGACUACCGCAGCACCGACCGUAGCGCCGACACUUCCGCCGACCGCGGCGCCGACGGCGGCACCAACUCCGGCACCAACGCCGGCCCCAACUCCUGCGGCAACCGCCGCUCCCUACGUUGAGCCACUUCCUGCAGGUAACAACGGUGGAGUGGGAGGCGGGGCUCCGCAGCAGAUACUUCCGGUCCAGCAGCCGUUGUACCAACAGACCGUUCAGCAGCAGCCCGUGCUUAUUACAACACCUGCCCCGGCCACCAAGUCUCCGAACCAGUAUCUGUAUGAGCCGCAUUCGUGUCCCAAAAUGGACGUCGCCACUUGGGAGAACGAAGUGGUCAUUUACGACAAUAAAAACUGUGCAAUAAUAAUCCGAAUGAACCCAAGAUUAAGGCGACCAACAGUGACAUUCCAGGCGCCGUAUUGGUGAUUUAUGCGAACAAGCAAAUAACACUGGGAGUCGCAACAUGAUUUACACUCUUUGUACACAUACCAAACUACGGAGUCAGUGUUUCAUAUAUUCCACCACCCGGCCAGGCAGAAAUCCCGGAAUUGUCAGAACCAGCUUUUCUCAAACAGAUAAUAAUCGGACAGACAUAUUUCAAAACAUAGCUCGCGCGUUUGUCCUCAGUUAUGUGACGUCAUUUUAUUUUAUUUGUACAAAAUAUUAUUGCUUUGGAACUUCUCGGACAUUUCCUACAUUUUGAACAAAACGCAAUGACCGAGAAGCUCCGAAGUGAUAUCGCGUGAUUAGUUAAAUUUGAUUUCCUGUGAAAUAAUACGAUGGUGGCUUAUAAAUGUAUAAUGUAUUAUUAUGUCUUUCGCGAGAGUCAGUUGUUAGCGUUAUAUGAAUAAAUGUAUCGUGAA